UAACGUGUCAAAGUGGCAACACCUUCGCAACAUUUAAAAAAAAAGUUAAAAAAUGUCGGAAUGUGGUUGUGCUUCGUGUAAUUUUUAAUAGUUUCGUCACUAUAUUGCUGAUCAUUGCUUAUUUUUCUAGCAAAAAACUAGUUCAUUUACUAUCUAUUAGCAGUUUUAGUUGUUUGUGUUGGUGAGGGUGACAGACAAAUGGAUGAAAUGUGGUAGAAGUGGAUUGAAGCACUAAAAGCCUUGCCUGGACUCCCUGGGUCGACUUUAAUCAUUUAUUAAGAUAAUGAGCGGUGCAUCUGGUUCAUCAGGGAGUGGUACGGGACGCGGCAGAGGUUCAAGCUCUAACGGGGCCAUUGCAGAGAGUAAACCGGAAACAAAAGAAAAUAAACCUAACUCCAAGAUGUCGAAGGCACUUGGGACAUCAGCGAAGAGGAUCCAGAAGGAACUUGCAGAGAUUACACUAGACCCUCCACCAAACUGCAGUGCAGGGCCCAAAGGAGACAACUUAUAUGAAUGGGUCUCCACUAUUCUAGGACCACCUGGUUCAGUAUAUGAAGGAGGAGUGUUCUUCCUUGACAUCCAUUUCUCUCCAGAGUACCCAUUCAAACCUCCUAAGGUGACAUUCCGGACUAGGAUAUAUCAUUGUAACAUCAAUAGCCAGGGAGUCAUUUGUCUAGACAUUCUGAAAGAUAACUGGUCUCCAGCGCUGACAAUAUCUAAAGUUUUACUAUCAAUAUGCUCCUUGCUCACUGACUGUAAUCCAGCGGAUCCUUUAGUGGGUAGCAUCGCAACACAAUAUCUCCAGAACAGAGAGGAACACGAUCGCAUCGCGCGCCUCUGGACUAAGCGCUACGCGACAUGAUUGCCCUGCCCCCACACCGCCGCUAAGGAACAACCUGCAGUAUCAUACUCAAUACCAUUCUGUUCUAAAUCCAUCCUGUUCACGUAAAUGUAAGCUUAUAAUGUUAAAUCCGAUGACUCCGCGCUCCCAGGGACACAUUUGUUACCUGCGCCGUCAGCCGCACUUGACAAAUGUGCCCCGGUAUAGCGCGGGAGGUUUAUACAGCUUAUUAAUUUUUAGUUGCAAUUAAUGUGAUGUCAGUAUGCUUAAUGACGGUCUGAAUUAUAUAAUUUUAGAAUGAUGAACGAUUUAGUUGUGAAUUGAAUGAUUUUCUGUUAAUGUUUCUAGCUCUGUAUUAUACAUAAUACAGUGAUAAGUUUACUAAUGAAAGUGUAUCGUAGGUUUAACCAGUGAUUUGAGUCAAUUUUGCCGCUAUAACGCGAUGAUCUCAUACACUCUUCACCUGUUACUACUUAUGUGUAAGUAUGUCUGAACUAUAGCGAUACCUACUAUUAAAGUUUGGGAAUAAAUCGCAUUAUUGUAUUGUAAAAUGUUUUUGAUUUCAGGCUAAUACUUGCAUGUCUUAUUGGAUUUAGAGUAAUCUUUAAAGACAUUAUCUUAACUGCUGUCAGUCCCCAGCCUAAUUUGAUUUAAAAUUGCAUUGCUUAUACUAUAGUUCCUUUGUUGAGUCAGUUAAUAAUUAAUGUUAAUGCAAUAUUUUAUACAAAUUCAACACAAUCGCCCCUGUGCUGUGCAAUGUAUGACAUACAUCCUCAUUCUUUGCCACAAAUGUCUUCACAUAAAUCACUGAAAGGUUGUAAUUCCUCUUGUCCUACUGAAUUUUGCGUUCGUAAUAAUUUAAUACUUAUAUUUUGGAGAUAAAAUGUGACAGAACUGGCAGCAUUGAUAAAGUACAAACUGAGAUGGUUUCAAAAAUUACAUGAACAACCACCAAUCUACUACCAACUUCAAUGCUUUGUAAUUAUAAUUAAGAUUUUAAGCCUUAUUUCAAGAACAAGCAAUAAAGUUGCUUAUAUUCUAGUGAGAUGUCACAUGUUUGUUGAGGAAACAAUGCAAAAUUAUAGUUUUGUGAAUGUAUAAAAUAAAUAGGAUGUUUGCUUUGGAGAGUCAAGUCAGUCAAUACCUGUACUAUGUACGUAUUAUAUUUUUAACGAAUCUAAUUUUGGUUUAUUGUCAUUAAUUUUAUUAGCGAAUGCGUUAUGAAUGUCGCUGAAAGCUUCAUUUGACUGAAAACUGAGAAAAGUUACAUUAGAUAGGUUUUCAACAUGGUCCAUUUUGUUAAGGAUUAGAUAGUCAAAUUAUUUGAAAUUUUAAGACUUCGUAACAAAACGGGGACGUAUAGUUUGUUUGUUUUAUUUGUGCAAUUUAAAGGGAUUUUUUUAUAUAUGUAAUUAAAUCUUGUUUUAUUUUACAUUGUAUGACUAAUGACUACAAACAAUUAUCGUUGAUUGUGUAGAGUAGGCCUGGGAUAUAAUAACCUAUUUAUUUUUAUAUUAUUGACUUAUGAAAUAUAUAUUACGCAUGUCUCUUCGUUAUAACCGUUUGAUGUAAAGUGAUUCGACAAUAUAAUGUACGGCGUCGUCACGGUAGCAGCGGACUUCGGAUUUGAUAGCAUGUUUUACGCGUUAUCACAUAUCAAUUUACCAUCUGGAUAAUAAAUUGAAAUUUAGAUUUAUUUGUUGUGAUAAUUUUGACUACUUUUACCAUUAUCUAAGUGCCAAAACUCAGGCACAUUGGCCUCCGCUCCAGUCUGACAUCUCCAACUUUUCUAAAAUAUUCCGUUUAGUAUGUAAACAGUAUUAGGUGUAAGUUAUUUUAUUGUCUAGAUAAUGUAUAAUGUAUGUCUUAACCUUAGAACUAAUUAGAAUUUUAGCGUUGUAAUGAUUUUAACUAAAAGUGUAUGUAUGUCGCGCGUAUAUGAAUGUUUUGGUGAUACCGUCGUGGAAAUGAAGAUUUUAUAAAUUGGGUGAUACCGCGAGUGUCGGAACUGGUGCUGUGAGAUUCAGAUGCUUGCGACAUACAGAUGAAUACUGAUCAAUGUAUUCGGGACUGGUAUAUUUUGUCAUUGUGAUUUUUAAAUUAUUUUAUACUGUGACUUGAAAUGUGUUGCUUGCAAGACAACAGCUGUAUUUAUCGCGACUGAUGUUCCUCGAAAUUCAACGUUCAUGCUCUGAAACCUAAUAUCCUUUGUUAUUACAAUUUAUAUCAUGGUAUAAAAUAGGAAAAUAAAAAUGUGUGUUACUAGGACACUCAAUGCUGUUUUAUUUAUUCCUGAUUAAAACGCAGUUUUGAAUAAUGCAGUUUUUUAUUAUAAAUAUACAUCAACUAGAAACACUUCCAAACGUUACAAAGAUCUAAUAUUCCGUUUUUAAAUUAGAUGCAAUAUUCUUAUAAAUAAUUCAGGCGAUUUGUUUAGGAAGUGGCAAACACACGUAGAGAUCGCGGCAUGUUCCCGACAUUGCGUCUAAUCAACAAACGAAUCGUACAAAUCGAAUAAUAUUUUAUGUAAUAUAAUAAAUGUGCACCACUUCUACAUUGGUUGCAUAUGAAUAGUAAAGGGUACAAUAAUGAUUUCACUACUACAAAAUUGAAUUGAGAUUUAGGUAAGUAUAAAAAGUAGGAAGUUCCGAUAAAGUUUUUGGCGUAAUGUAUCCAUUUCUAUUCGAAAAAUCAGUCUUCUACACUGAGCACACUUCAUUGUGAACUUUUAAGAAAAAUCUGUGCAUUGUGCUUUAUCACUCCAUCACUUGCAAAUACAUAUGGCAAAGUUUUAAAACUACACGCAUAUCAAAGUAUACACAGUACCUCCAGUUACUGAUAUUUUAAGCAUUUACGAAGAUUGUAUGUUAACAUUUAAAUCUUACUUUAAAUAAAAUAAACAAAAUAUCUGUAGUAACAAUAAUAAAAUAAAUUAUUUCAAAAUAUACAUAGAUUCGACAUCUUAAAGUGUACUUAAUCACAACUUUGUAAAAAAAAUGUAGGUAUUUGGGGAAAAUAUUGGGCACUGCUAUUAAAUCUAACUAUAUAAAAUAUGGAAAAUACCGUCGUAAAUGUUUUUAUACGGUUUCGUAUUGACUACGAAUGGAGCGAGCGAGACAGCAAGCGAAU